AUGGCCAACUCCGCCGCCAGACAACCUCGACUAGCAACCGCGUGUAACUGGUGCCGCUCACACAAGCUGAAGUGCGAUGCAGAACAGCCAUCGUGUCGCAACUGUCACUCCCGCGGUCUUGAGUGUGUUACGACCAAUCUCCGGAGGCCAGACCAAAUAGGUCGCCGACAGAAGCCCCUUGGUCGUCGUGGAAAAGGAAUCAGACAACAGGUUUCUCCGUCCAACCACCAGCGAGAUCUGGCCAAUUCAGACUCUCCUUCCACUUCGCCUCCUCCAUCUCCCAGUGGGAAUCUACUUGCGCCUUUGAUCGGUCAUGAUGUGUCGCUACCGUCGAUUUUCACCGCGCCUUUCAGCAACCACGAGGAGUCCGCUGAGCACGACCCCAAGGCUCGAGGGCGGGCGAAGGGUAGACUCACAUCAGAAUCCAGCCCGAACACGGGGUUAGAUGUCAGCUCCACGCCGACCGUCAAUAGUGGACGAAGCGCCAAUCUCACUGUGAUUACGGACAACACACGGUCGAGAUCGCAGUUCAUCGGCAACGGCAGCAGCAUGUACGUGCUGGUUCAGUGGCUUGACCUUUUCUUUGCUAGAUGGGAUUUUUGGAAACCCAUCUUACCACAUUUUCAACAAGGCAUGGCGUACUCCACCGAAGUCCCGCUUUCAUUUCUCACGACACUUCCACCGCUGCCGCCUCCUCCGAUAGUUGACCAGUAUCUGUCGAUCUUUUUUUCCAAAAUCCAUCCGAUCUUUCCUGUCGUCGACCACGGCAUGGUCCUAGAACUGGUCUCAGUCCUGCGCCCUAAGCUGGAACGCCAACCGGCCAGCCUCGGGUCCACCGAUUAUCCUCAGCUGGCCAUUCUCUACGCCUUGUUCAGUUCUUCUGCUGAUGAGCUUGCAGGCGAACUCACCGAUGUCGGGACAUCAUAUCUCGAGGGCGCUUACUUCCUGUAUGCUCAUCUCGUCGCCAUGCCUUAUACCGCUUCCGUGCAGGCCCUCUUGUUGCUGGCUGUGGUGUUGAAGAACCGGAACAAAGACGGUGCCAGUUGGGAGAUUUUAGGACAAGCCAUCCGGAUAGCACAGGCAGUUGGCCUCCAUAGGCAAUCCUUCCACGCAAAAGAAUGUCCAUCGCCGGUCGACGGCACCCUGGCUGCUGACCUGAACUCACGAAUAUGGUGGACCGCUUAUAUCCUAGAGAGGGCCAUGGAGAUGGAGACUGGCCGGCCCUCUGCCAUUCGCGAUGGCGAAUGUGACCAAAGUCUGCCACAGCCAAUACUAACUCUGCUUCCGUCGGGAUCUUCGCACAACUACUUCGGUGCUUUGAUUCGACUCUCUCGGAUCCAAACUCAGAUCGCCGAGUUGUAUCACUAUACGAAACAGGGUCGCAAAACAAAAGAAAUCCUCCAUGAGAUGGGGCGCCUAGACAGGGCGUUGCUGGACUUUGCCGCCACAUUCCCAGAAGAAGUCAGCUUCAUUGCACUCCAUCGACCAGCUCUGAUGUCGGCCACCGCAUGGCUACGGAAGAGUGUCAAUCGACUCUGUGCAGGAACGCCCUGGCGAACUAGACUGAGAUAUGGGUUAUGCUUGUCAGCGGCUUCGGCUCGAUCGAUCUUGAAAGCCUUGAGCGACAUGCGGCUAUACAGCACACCAUCUCGCCUGAUCACAUUGAGCCAAAUGACCCUUGCUAUAUUGGUUCUAUCGAUCUAUGUAACCAGGCUUCCUUCUAGCUUGAUGAAUAGCUCCGACCUAUCGCUGGCUACGAGUUUUUCGGAAGUUGCUGAACAAGAAUAUCUGAAGAUUGGGCAAGAUACAGACUUUGCUGAGGGGCUUUCCAUUCUGAGAAACCAAUUGUCGCAACAUGUUAAUUGCACAAAGCCUCAGCACAGGCCGGAGGAUUCAGGACAACACCCGCCAGCCUCAACCUCAGCCAAGCACGUUACUGAUCAACCAUUCAGCCACGUCGAUACUGACUUUGACUUCGGCCAGCUCGACGAUGCCUGGCCCUCACUAUGGAGCGACGAUCUGGGCAAUUUCUCCUGGGAUGACACCAAUCAAGAGAUGAUGAAUGCGUAUCUCCUGGGUCUUCCGUAA